GAAAAACCAGACCGGAAGUUCGACCUUGUUUACAAACUGCUUCCAGUCGGCAUUCCAAGUAAGCGCGUGCCGUGGAGUUGAAUGUCAUUUUGCUGUACUUUUUGGGGGAUUUUUUCCCCCUCACAGACGAGCUUUCUCCCUUAACAACGCAAGAACAAGUUCCCCCAAAACUAACGUUACAUCCCGGUUAGUUUCGCUAAUAUUUAGCUCAACAGUUAGCUAGCUGUUAGCUCACGUUAACUCAAAGCAUAACUUAACGUUACGUUAUUCCUUGAGUUAGCUAACGAUAACGGAAAAUGUUACCUUACUGCAUGACUGUUUGAUAUUUUUUCAUAUGACUGGUAUUGGAAAGGAAACUUUAAAUUACUCUGCGUUUUCACACUAGUAACCUUUCACACUGGUAACCUUCCCAAAGGGAGUUUCAGGCUAAUAAUAACUCUUUCGCCGUCAUCUUAACUGUAACGUUAACAUUAGCUGUUGACGUCAGUUAGCUAAAGUUCGUCCCUCUCUUGUCAUGCUCCUCGGUUGCGUUCUGUUGAGAUCGAUCAGAUCGACGUGUUCAAAAAAAGAAAACUCACGCUGUCCUAACCUCGUUUAACGUCUCAACACCAAUGUGACGGUGGUUGUUACCCAGGAAACCCCGGUCGUCCUUAUUUUAUGCACAGUCGUGUCUGUAUAAGAGAGCAGCGGGUGAGAUGCAGCCAGCCAGCAUCUCUAAAGAGACCAACCCUGCCGCAGAUGAGGAUGAGGAGGAGGAGGAGGAGGAGGAAGAAGAAGCUGUGAUUAGAGAGGAAAGUGGAACACGAGAUAAGGAAUGUGUGAAGAUGAAUCCAGGUCAGGUGGAAGCAGUCGCCCUGGAUGUCCAACAAGACACCGGAGCCUCCGCAGCGCCAGUAUCAAACAGGAGGAAGAUGAAGAUGAAGAUGUGGAGGGCAAAGAAGAAAUUGAUGAAGAAACAGCUCAAGUCGGCUGAUACUGCUACUUCGAUAUCGGAGCUUCCGUUCUCUCUGACCAGUCCCACGACAUGGAAAGAGCUUGAAUUCUCCAGCUUGACCCAGAAAGAACGAAAGAGGAAGAGAGGAGAGCGUGGAGGGCGAGUUGACAGUGAAGAGGAUGCAGAGAUGAAGAAGAAGAAGAAAGAGAGCCAACGCCCUAACUACUUUGUCUCCAUCCCCAUCACUAACACGCAGAUCAGUUCUGCCGUGAUGGAGCUCCAGGAGGCGGUGCUUCGGCAGGAGCCCCGAUUGGCCAAAGCCAUGUUGCCUGUCCCAACUCUCCACAUCACGCUAUUGGUCACUCAUCUCGCCAGUCAGGAGCAAGUAGACCUUGCGGCAACCGUGCUGGAUCGGUCUGGACCGCCACUGGCUGAGCUACUGGGUGGGCGGGACCUGGUGCUGCCCUUCUCGGGGGUCGGUCAUUUCAGGAAGGAGGUGGUGUUUGUCGGGUUGGCCCCCGGACUACACAGACACACACUGGACAGCGCGGCAGAGUUGCUGCGGAGUGAAUUUGAGGAGCAGGGGCUUCUGCAAGAAGGCAACCGUGGGUUUGAACCCCACCUCACCAUUAUGAAGCUGUCCAGAGCAUCGAAACUACGAUCCCAGGGUAUAAAGCGUGUGGACCCGGCCCUCUACUCCAGCUACACUAACAAGUUUUUUGGAGACCAGACAGUUGAGCGGCUGGACCUUUGCUCCAUGUUGAAAAAGAAGCAACAGGAUGGAUAUUACCAUACUGAGAUGUCACUAAAACUUGAUCUGAACCUUCUCCAGGCCCGACGGUUAAGUGGGCGUCGCCGGUCUGAGCCCGACGAGGCGGAGCUCCUGAGGGUGAGCAGGCGACUGGUCGAGGACGCCGUCAAUCGAGCCCUGCUGCAGUACAAGCAAGAAAGUCUUCAAAAUGGCGGCGGGCCUAACGCCGCGCCGCCGCAGCCCCCGGGGGACGCCGAGGAGCUCGCCGCCAAGACGGACGCCGCGGUCAGCAGGAAGUGACGUCGUCGGCCCGAGGAACCAGCCCCCCCCCCCCACCCCCCCCCGCCAGGCACACUGCUAUCGGCACAGAUAACGCCGCUGGAGCUCAGGUGAACCGCCCCCAACAGGAAACGCACUGCAGCCCCCCGCGGGCCAGGACGCCGCCCCUCUGCACGUCCCUUUGGGGGAGGGCUUUGGUGUUCAAUAACACACCUUCCAAAAUCCUUCCCUUUCAUCGCCUGACCAUGAAGCAAAUUGUUUACUUUUCCACCUUGGAGAAAUGAGUGCACGUCUUCGUCUGCAGAUGAUCAGCGUCGUCCAAUGGAAAGAGCUUCGAAUGACAGGAGACGUCUGACUUUGGUUUGAGCCUCGGGCCUCCGUUUCCAAUUCAGUCUCAGCCAACGCAGGACGUCCCCUUUUUGACGCGAGGCGUCCGCCUGCCUCCCAAACCUCAUCUUUGUCUUCAUUGUCCUUUGCUUUGCGCGGCGUCACCUGACCUCGCGUGUGCUCUCUGUGUGUGUGUGUGUGUGUUAGGAAUUAUUGUUUAAAUACCGUUAAAGUGACAAUCACCGACUCCAGCAUGGGCUCUGUGGGAAUUCACACUGUGGGAGCUGCUUCCCUCCAUCACUUUACCUCAUCGCUGCUACUAGCACUCACUCCACAAACCAUUAACUUGAGAUACUUAAUCGACGACGCUAAUGAUGAAAUAACACUCCAACAAUACACUACUAAGUUGCCAAAACAGCAUUUUCGCUGCAUCAAUGCCGAAGCGUCCAUGAAAUCGAUGUGACAGGCUGUUAUUACUGCUGUUAUGCUCAGGCAUCAGUCCCGUAACUCCUGCUUCCUGCCUAAUCAUUUAUAAAUGAACGAGAAAUGAGAUUUUUGUUUACACUCUGUACUCCGUGAAGUUGAUUCGAGGCUGCAGCAACCUGCGUUUGUGUUUAAUUGAUCCAUAAAGGUUUCUAACGCGCUGUUUGAGGGCGCGGCGUCCCGCCGGGAGCUCUCAGCUUUUAUUUUGUAGUACCGCACACAGUUCUUUAGACGCCGAAAAGCAAUUGGUUCACUCUCUUAAAUUAAAUGUUAUUUCAUCCUUUCUUGCUAUUAUUUAUGAUUUGUCGCUGUCCCUUCUAAAGAAACAGGUUGCAUGUAAAAGGUGUUUUAUUUUGACAGGAGAAAAAGAGCUUUGUUUGCUUUAAAAGUUGGUAAAAGCACAACGAUGAAUUUGCUUCUUUUUUUUAAAUGAUAUUUGCUUUCACUUUUUAAAGUAGUUCAUUUAAAUCCUCUCUGCUCAAAGUGGCCUUGAGUCACAAAAACAAAUGAAUUCUUUUCUGUAACUGCUUCAUAACUUGAUUUUAAAGCGGCUCGUCUUUAAAUGAAAACCUGUGGCUGAGGAAUUGUUUUCUUCAGUCAAACGUCCGCCGGGAAACACAAUUCCCCCCCGAGUUCUGUAAAUCAAUUCGGCCACUGCUAACAGGUGUGAGCGGAGCAGAUGUGGAGCAGAUGUGCGGGGGGGUGGGGGGGGGGGGGGGAUUGUGUCUCCAGGUGGACGUUGACCGAUGCUGUUCUGAUCUUUUACUGUCACCGGAUCCUUAAUCUCCUUAAAGUCCCCUUUAAUAGACCGACUGUCCCGUUUGUGUGUGUGUGUGUGUGUGUCUGUCUGUGUGUGUGUGUGUGUGUGUGUGUGUGUGUGUGUGUGUGUGUGUGUGUGUGUGUGUGUGUGUGUGUGCGUGUGCGUGUAUUCGUGCUCCAACGUCUGUACAAAUCUGUCUUUUCUGUUGGUCUUUCCAUUUCUCCCUGG